CCGCCAUAUCGUGCUCAAGCGCAGCGCCAGCUACACGGGCGCUGCGAACACCACCGACUCGAACCGCGGGAAGAUGUCGAGCACCUUCGCCGACGCGUACGCCGCGCUCCCUGCGGAGGUCCAGGCGUGGGUUACCAACAAUGGCCUCACUGACCGCGGAACGGUGGCCGACUCCGUCACCCCAGAGUACCUGCGCGACCAUGCGGGCGCCACCGUAGUGAAGCCCGUGGACAUCAUGUUCGUUGAAACCGUCGCGGGCGCGCUCCCCGAGAUCGUGAAGAAGGGGUCUGCGGCGUGGGCGAAGACGCUGGGCUUCUACCGGAAGUGCUACGCCGCCAGCACAGAGACCGCGAACAAGCCUCCCGACCAGGAGGAGGUGGCGCCCAUCGAGGCGAAGGAUCCGGGCCACGAAGACAAUUACGAGCUGAUUCUGGAUUACCGCGAGAAGCGGCUGAAGGCCUUCUUCGAGGCGAGGCGUCACGACGUCGAGGACGCCCGCUUACCCAGCGCUCGCCUCUGGGGCCGCUACGAGCGCCUGCGCCGCGUCCAGAAGGAGUUCGUCCCCCUGCUUGCGGACAAGGUCCAAUCCGAGGAAAUCGGCAAGAAGACCGGCCUCGCCAGCUUCCUGGGGCCCGUCCAGAACGGGGCGCUCGCCUGGAGGCUCCCAGCCAUACAGGAGGCCCCACCUGACACACUGGAAGACCUCGAGACGUGGGCGUACAUCAUCGAGAACUUGAUCUUUCUCGUAGGGUGGGUCAAGGACAUCAAGUCCCUGGACGUCUUCCACCAGAGAUUCUGGGCGAAGGUCCGCAAGAACCGCGCGCCGCGACCGGGGUACUGGAACCUCUCUGUCGCAGAGUACUACCAGGCGUACCUGGCCGGGGACACGAUCGACGACGCGAUCCUCGCGUCCAUGCCCCCAGAGAACAGCGACCUCGACGUCACACUCGCCAUGGCGCCGCGUCUCGUCGCGCAGCCCCGGGCACCCGCGCUCGGUACCAACGGCGGCGCCCAAGCCGCCCACGCCGGCAUGGCGGGCAGCAUCGUGACCGCGCCGCCCCUCGCCCUGACAGACGCGGGCCAACCACCAACCAAGCGCAGGCGUCUCUCGAAAGCACAGCGGCUGCAGAACCGGCUGCAGCAGCUUGCGCCCGCAGGCCCAGAACACCGCGGCGACAAAGGCAAAGCCGCCGGCAAGGGCAAGCCGGCCGGGGCAAGCAAGAAGGGCAAGGGCGCGCGCAAAGGCACCGCGCACGCACACCCCGCGGCGGGCCAGCCCGAGCCCCGUCCACAGCGGGACCCACCGCAGUUUCACACUGGGGCGACCGGCCGGGACCAGCGCCGGAAGCUCAACCCGCGGGCGCGCACCAGCCCGCAGAGCCGCGCCACCGCGGCCGCCACCGCACAGCCCACGAGGGGCGGCCCAGCUCCACGCCCGCGCACGAGCGCCAGCCCGCCUCAGCACCGCGGCGCGGGCACCCUCGCGUCCUCAGGCGGCACCACCAAUGCCCCAGACCAAACGGGCAGCACCUGCAGCGGCAUCACCAUGGUCGAUUAUGCAGCGAGGCUCCACGACCCUGCGGCCGAACAAGAAUUCGACGCCGUCGACACAAACCAGCUGCCGCCCUACGCGCCGCCGCCCGCCGACCCGCGCAGCCAGCAAAGCGCGCGCAGAGACGCCAUGCCGUGGUACGCCGAGGACACUGUGCCCCCGCCACAGCACCCUGCCGCGCCAGGCAGAGCAGCUAAAGGCUUUACACAGCAGCAGCGGGCGAUCUCGCCGAACCAGCACGUGGACAUGGCCUGGGACCGGCAACAACGCCAGCCCGCGCCCCAGUGGGCGGAACCGCCCGCCGUGCGCCCGCCAGCGCCCAUUCGCAGCGCACUGCUCUGGGCGCGCGACUGCCCCGACUACGAACGCUGGGUAAUCGGGCAGGUGCAGUACUGGAGGCGCGCCGAGGCAUCCCUGGGCGAUGCGACACGCGCCUGGCGCACCGGCCUCUCACAGCACGUCAAAGACGUGUUGCCGCCAACAUACAACGGCCCGCUGCACAGGGAGCUGCUCCUGGCUUCCGGCCAUGACGACACGGAGGUCAUCGCCGACAUCAUGGCGGGCUUCCGCAUGCGGGGCGUCCUCCCAGACACGCGGCUCUACGAGCACACCGACAGCGCAGAUCUGCCUGACGCCGCCGAGCUGGACAGCGCUCUCGAGCUGGCACUGGGCAACAGAGAUGCCGCACCUCGGGAAAUGCUCCUGAACACUAAGCGGGAGCCAGACAUGGCCGAGGUCCUCCGGGUCACCGAGGCCGAGCGCGUGUCGGGCAAGCUCGAUGGGCCCUGGGAAGUAUGGCUCGACCACACCGGCCAGGUGCGCUCCACCGUGCCGUUUGCCAGAUGGUUACCAACGCGGCGCUUCCCGCGCGUCCAGAACCGCACGGCCACUUCAUACAAGGUCCGGCCCAUAGACGACGCCACGGCAAGCGGCCUGAACCUCGCAGCAGCCACCCAGGAGCGCAUGAGGAUGGCAGGCAUCGCCUCUCUCCUCGAUGCGGUCGCGUUCAUAGCGGAGGAGUUCCACGAGUGGGGCGAUGACGGCGUCCCCCUCAUCGCCAAGGGCGACCACGCGCAGGCCUACCGACAAUGGCCGGUACAUCCAGAUGACAUUCCAUUGCUGGUGUGCUUGGUCUGGGACGACACCGUGGGUCCAGAGGGCGGAUUCCGCGCCUUCGCGCACAAGGCGCUCCCCUUCGGGGCCUUCGGAGCAGUCUGGGGGUACACGCGCGUCGCCGCCAGCGUGAUUCACCCGCUCCGCCGCAUCUUCAGCGUGCCCCAGAACGCGUAUGUGGACGAUUUCCACCGCGCCUCCCCGGCCAGGUGGGCCGCCCUGCACGAAUGGGUGUUCCAGGAGCUGCACGCCAUGCUCGGUAUCCCGCUCAAGGACGGCAAGAACCAGGGACCAGCGGCCGUGCUGGAUCUGCUCGGACUGGACGUCAUCUCCACCGGGCACUGGGCGGGACUGCGCCUCACCGUCAAGCGGCGCGACGACCUGGCCGCGGACGUGGACUCCGCGCUCCGCGCGCGCCGCCUCAGCAGGCGCGACGCGGCCCGACUCGGAGGACAGAUGGGCUUCGCCACCACGGCAAUGUUCGGCCGUAUCGGCCGGGUAUACGCCUCCAACGUGUCGGCGCACCGAGGCGGCUGGUCCGAACGCCUCGCCGACGCGCUGGCGUGGUGGAAGGCGCUGCUGCGCUGCCCGAUAUACCACAGGCGCGUCCACGGCGACCAGCGGCCCGUCGUCCUCGGAUGGGUCGACGGGUCAUGGGACAUGGACACCGGCACGGGGGCCAUCGGGGGCAUGCUGUUGUCCUCGCAACGCAGCGGCCGCAGCUUCUCUGCGCACAUCCCGCAGCACCUGUGCGCGGAGCUGCUGAGGGUCGGCAAGAAGCAGCGAAACACACAGUCCGAGCUGCUCGCCGUACUGGUGCUGCUCCUCACCUGCCCCGACGAGCUCCGCGGGGCCCGGUUGAUCCUCUUCGAGGACAACACGCCCGCGCUUGAAAACAUCCUCAGCGGCGCCGCCAACGACGAUCACAGCAAG